AUGAGAUCGCCCCGUCUUGAAGCUCGACCGAACGGCACCGAGGUUUCAGCCAAUCAGACGUUGGUGCUGCCAGAGGAGGCGGAGCCGGGCAGGGCGGCGGACAUCGUCACGGUAACCGGAGUGAGUCUUGACAGCGUGAGCACGACGAGCCCGCGGGGGGGCCGUGUGCCGCGGGGGGGCGAGGACCAGGGCAGCGGCCUGUUCCCUGAGCUCCCUCUGAUCCCUGAGACCCACGACUCUCCACAGAUCAGCUACGACUCCGCAGAGACCGAGCUGCUGUUGCCGAGCAACAACCAGGAAGUGAGCGAGGGGGAGGAGCCAGAGGGGGCAGGGCCAGAGGGGGAGGAGCUUCACACCCCUCCCCCCUGGAUCCACAACAAGGACACCGCAGUCUUCAGUCUGGACCGACUGCCCUCACCCCCUCCCUCCCCCGUCCCCUCCCUCCCCUCCCUCCCCCCUGGUCAGGACGUCCUGAAGGUGGACUUCUUUGACCCGUCCUCUCGGGGGAGGGGCCUGGACUUAGCCCCUCCCCCUCCCUCCCCCUCUCAGGCCGAGCUGCAGGGGGGGGACCCCACCUCCUGGGCUGUCCCUGACGACUACGACUACCUCACCCCCUACGAGGAGGGCGUCUCCCCCACCGCGGGGGACUACGACCUCAGCACCACCGACUCCUACGACCCACGCCGCUCCCGCUCCCGCCUCCCCCCCGCGGCUCCCCCCUCCGGAGGCCGCUCCUCUGACGGCUCUGACGGCCGGGGGGGCUGCAGGGCCGGCUACCUGAGGGAGAACGGCGUCUGCCGCUCAACCUGCGACCUACAGAGGAACUACUGCCUCAACGGGGGACAGUGCUACAUCCAGGAGGGGAACGGAGCCCUCUGCAGGUGUAAUGUGCAGGAGUAUGUGUGGAACAAAGGGGAGCGUUGUGAGUCCGCGGUCACAGAGUUCCAGGUCCUGUGUGCGACCAUCGGAGCCUCGGCCGUGGUCCUGCUGCUGCUCUUCAUGAUCAUAGUCUGCUUCACCAAGAAACUGCACCUGCUCGAGACCCAGAACAAGAAGCUACGGAGACGCAGGUACAGGGUAGGAGGUGGGUACAGAGGAGGUGGGUACAGGGAGGUGGGUACAGAGGAGGUGGGCACAGUGGAGGUGGGUACAGAGGAGGUGGGUACAGAUGAGGUGGGCACAGUGGAGGUGGGUACAGAGGAGGUGGGUACAGAGGAGGUGGGUACAGAUGUGGUGGGUACAGAGGAGGUGGGUGCAGAGGAGGUGGGUACAAAGAGGAGAGGAGGUGGGUGCAGAGGAGGUGGGUACAGAGGAGGUGGGUACAGAGGAGGUGGGUGCAGAGGAGAGGAGGUGGGUACAGAGGAGGUGGGUGCAGAGGUGGUGGGUGCAGAGGAGGUGGGCACAGAGGAGGUGGGUACAGAGGAGGUGGGUACAGAGGAGGUGGGUACAGAGGAGGUGGGUACAGAGGAGGUGGGUACAGAGGAGGUGGGUACAGAGGAGGUGGGUACAGAGGAUGCAUGUGUGUGUGAUGGGAUUAUGAACAUGUCUUCACCUUGGGUUGACCUUCCACUGUGGCUGAUACUAAGGUGUCGCUGA